UAAAUAUAUGAUGUCUUACCAUUGAAAUGGAAACUGUGUAUGAUGAGGAACUUCCAGUUUUGAAGAGGAUUAAAAUCCCAAUGGUUUGGGAGCGAAUGUCGUGUGGAAUAUGCAUUAAGGAUCUCCAACCAGACAAGUACGACGUGGCUCUGAAUAUUAUCCAAAAUAACUUCUUGGACGAUGACCCUCUGUGUAAAGCCAGUGCCGUGCUCGGCAACGACGUUGCUAUACAGGAGUAUCUGAAAGUGGCCUUACACUGGAUACAAGACACACAGUCUUUCUUGGCCGUAGAAGACAGGACAGACCGGGCUGUGGGUGUGCUGAUAGGUAGUGUCAACGAGCGGGACGCCUGCACAAAUGCCAUGAAUGGCACAAGAAUCUAUCAAAGUAUACCGAUGAACAAAAUGCAAAAGUUUUUGGCACACGUCCAUAAACAAGUAAAUCAGUUUGAUGUGUUCGGCGUCGAAGCUCUGUACGAAGUUUACAUAUGGUGCGUUGUUCGUGAAUAUAGAAACAAAGGUAUCGGCAAAGCCCUGUUGCGGACUGGACUCGAACAAACAAGCCAGUUUAGGCUGUCGGCCGCCAUGGGUGUAUUUACAGGAGCGGUCAGCCAGUACAUCGCAGAAAAUAUGGGCUUCCAGACGCUGCAUGAGAUCCUCUACUGGGAAUGGAAGGACGGCGAUAAGGCUAUUUUUGAUAGUCCGGGACCUGGAAACAACUCGGCUAAUCUCAUGGUCAAGAGAGUUGUACCUGCUGACGUCAUCAAUAUAUGAGAUGAUCUUAGUUUCGUGAUAGAAACACUAUCGGAAUAAAUUUAUUACUCGGUUACUGUAUUAAUCGGUCUUUAUUUUGAAAUGUCGACAAAAUAUUAGUAUCUUAAAUUUGCAAAGUUAUAUAAUUGAUAACUAUUUUAAUUAACAUUAAAUAAAUCGAUGAUUACUAUAUCCAUAA